UCAAUCACAGAAAAGAGAGACAUGGAAAAUAAUAUUUCAAAUGUCACCGACAAGAAAUAUUCGUUAGAUCUGGUGGAACCAUUCGACGAGGAGUGUCAUGUGGACCGACAACGUCGUUUGACGAAAAUCUUGUCUGAAUUUCAAGAGCAUCUUGCUGAAAGAUCUAACCAUUUUUUAGGUUAUCAUCUCAACCAAGAUUGCAGUUGUUUGACGGAUUUAUCUCCAUUUUUACGCUUCCACAUCAAUAACGUUGGUGAUCCGUUUAAGGAAAGUAACCUCGGUUUGCAUUCGAAGAAGUUUGAGGUGGCGGUUUUGGAUUGGUUUGCGGAGCUAUGGGAGAUUGAGAAUGAUGAAUAUUGGGGCUAUGUGACCAAUGGUGGAACAGAAGCCAAUCUCCAAGCAUUGUUGCUCGGGAGGGAUUUACUACCGGAUGGAAUUUUAUACGCAUCAAAAGAAUCACACUACUCUAUAUUUAAAGCAGCAAGAAUUUGCAGAAUGGAGUGCCAAAUAAUAGGUACCUUAAUUACUGGGGAGAUAGAUUGCAUGGAUCUAAGAGAAAAGCUAUUUGCCAACAAGGAUAAACCUGCCAUCAUUAAUCUUAAUAUAGGGACAACUUUCAAAGGAGGUGUCGACAACCUUGACCUUGUCCUAAAGACCUUAGAGGAAUGUGACUUCUCACGCGAUCGAUUUUACAUACAUUGUGAUGCAGCAUUAUAUGGGCUCAUCUCUCCUUUUCUUGAAAAUGGACCAAAAUUUAGUUUCAAGAAGCCUAUUGGGAGCGUUAGCGUCUCAGCCCAUAAACUAUUGGGCUCGUCAAUGCCUUGCGGCGUGUUCAUGACAAGGAAAAGGCAUAUCGCCGAUUUCUCGAGAAACAUUGAAUACAUUGCCACAGUGGACAAUACAAUCUCCGGAAGUCGAAAUGGGCACGCACCGAUCUUCAUAUGGUACAGUUUAAACAUGAAAUUAGGUCGCAUGGGACUUCAGAAAGAAGUCAACAAGUGCUUGAUGAAUGCUAGGUACUUGAGAGAUGGACUUAAAAAUGCGGGAAUUAGUGUUAUGCUUAACGAAUCGAACAUUUUGGUUGUUUUCGAGCGUCCUCUUGAUCUUGAGUUCAUCUAUCAUUGGCAACUUUCGGUUGACGGUAAAAUGGCCCAUGUUAUUGUGAUGCCUCAUGUGACAGUUAAAAUGUUGGAUGAUUUUUUGAGCGAUCUUACUCGAAAGAGAGAGAUUUGGUAUGGAUCUGGAGAAGUUCGACGGCUUUGUCUUGCAGAGGAUAUUGGGCUUUCGAAUUGUGCUUGCUCGGUUCAUGGGAAUGGCAACUCAAGUAGAAAUUGAAUAAGAGUGAAUGUAUAUACCUCUUUGGUGUAUAAAUUUUAUGAUUUAGUUAAAGCUUGAAUUAAUGAGCGAUUGGUAUGUAAUUUCACCGAACCAUUGAAAAUCUAAACUCACCACGUAACAAUAUUCUACACCACCACUCUUAGAACAAUCAUUGUUGUCAUUAAUUUAUUUUUACAAUAUUUCUUUACUGUAUAUU